AUGACUACCUAUUGGGACACUGCUGCAGCAGUGGAUAAGAGCAAAAAGGCAUCAAAGGAUCGAAAGUCUGACCGUAAUGGUCUUGGUAUUGCCAAGCAUAACUCAGGGCAGAAGUCAUAUAUGCAAAUCGAACAGGAGCUGACAGCUGAGUUGGGAAGACCUGCGACUUUUGGUGAAGUAUUCAUCAAGGCUCAUACAAAAAAAGAUGGAACCUAUGUCGAUUUCAAAGCAGAAAAGGUUAUUGAGGCUUACAAAAAGAAUAAGGAAGAGAAGUUGGCUAACCUUUCCACUUUCUGCAAUGACAGAGGAGAUCUUUUUGGUAUUGGAAGCCUCAAAAAGAAGCUUAAGUGGAAAAGAAAUGAUCCCAGCAGCUCUGCUUCUUUCCUGCACAUGCAAAGAAAGCUUGAAGAAGCUGAACGCAAGAUAGAAGAACAAGCUGUUCUUAUUGCCAAGGCUGAGGAAGACCGUGCUAGGGUUGAAGCUGCUAACCAGUCUAAGAUGGCCGAGUUCACCACUAUGCAGAAGUAUAUCCUUUCAACUGACCCAAGGUACCAUGCUUUCAUUGCCUCUGAAGCAUCAUCAUCUCCAGCUUCUACUAAUCAGUAG